UCUCGCGACCUUCGAGAAAUAAUAAAAAUAUUUUUAAAUACAAUGAAAUAAUAAUUUUGUGAAUAUAUGUUAAAAUGUAUGGAAAUUCUGAAAUUAGAAAUAAAAAUAAUCAGUAAUAUAUAUUGACAAAAUAACGGUAUCAACAAUAAUUUGUUCGGGUUGUCGCACAUGGCUAACUUCCUGUCAAUGUCAGUCAUAUUAUAAAGUAUAUUAUAUUACACAGUUAAAAUAGGCAAACAGCCUGAAAGAAAACCAAAGUUCAAUAAAUACUCAUACUUUUCGCUAAUACUUGAUAUCCCAUAUUGUCAUCUCAGUGAUACAACCAUUAAUGCCAUCAGCGAUGUCUGACGCACCAGGCCCAGCCAAUCACAGACUAAAAUCUUACAAAAACAAAGCAUUAGAUUCUCAAGAACUCAGGAGGCGGCGUGAGGAAGAAGGAAUUCAGCUUAGAAAGCAAAAGCGAGAAGAGCAGAUUUUUAAAAGAAGAAAUGUUGCAGUACCUGCUGGAGAUGAAAUUGGGCCUGGGGCGGAUUUACAAGAUUCUAUGGUUUCCUCUACUGGAGGAAUUAGCCCAGAGAUGGUACAAGCACUCUACAGUGAAGAGUUAGAAGAACAAGAGUUGGCUACACAAAAGUUUCGUAAACUCUUAUCUCGAGAGCCUAAUCCACCAAUAGAUGAAGUCAUACAGACAGGCAUCAUCCCCAGAUUUGUUGAAUUUUUACAGCGUGACAACAGCUGGUCGUUACAGUUUGAAGCUGCAUGGGCCCUAACAAACAUCGCAUCAGGAACAUCACUUCAAACACGGAUGGUUAUUAGUGCAGGAGCUGUUCCUAUUUUUAUUCGACUUCUCAAUUCAGACAUUGAGGAUGUUCAAGAACAGGCUGUUUGGGCAUUGGGUAACAUAGCUGGAGAUAGUCCUGAAUGCAGAGAUUAUGUAUUAAAUGAGGGAAUCCUUGUUCCUCUGUUACAUUUGCUGAGCAAAUGUGCAAGCUUAUCCAUGACAAGAAAUGCAGUGUGGUGUCUCUCAAACUUGUGCAGGGGGAAGAACCCUCCACCUGAUUUCAAUAAGGUUUGUCCUGCACUGCCUGUUCUUGCCAGACUACUUUACCAUACUGAUAAAGAUGUUUUGGCAGAUGCCUGCUGGGCUCUGUCCUAUUUAUCUGAUGGUCCUAAUGAGAAAAUACAGUCAGUUAUAGAUUCUGGAGUCUGUAGGAGGCUUGUUGAACUCUUGAUGCACAAUCACCAAAGUGUUGUGGCUGCUGCCCUCAGGGUAGUGGGUAACAUAGUGACAGGUGAUGAUUGUCAAACACAGGUGAUCAUUAAUUGCUCCUCUUUACCGUGUUUGUUGCAUUUACUGGGCAGUUCUAAAGAAUCUAUACGUAAAGAAGCCUGCUGGACUAUCUCAAACAUUACUGCUGGUAACCGGCAACAGAUUCAGAAUGUUAUAGACUGUAAUAUAUUCCCUGUUUUAAUUGAUAUACUGGGUAAGGCUGAAUUUAAAACAAGAAAGGAAGCUGCUUGGGCUAUAGCUAAUGCCACAUCUGGAGGCUCCCCAGAACAAAUCAGAUUUUUAGUAGAUCAGAACUGUAUCCCACCUCUGUGUGACUUGCUAACUGUAAUGGACAGUAAGAUUGUGCAAGUGGCGCUAAAUGGUCUGGAAAACAUCCUUAGACUGGGUGAAGCAGAUGCUAAACAGGGAAAUGGAAUAAAUCCUUUUGCAGUUCUUAUUGAGGAAUGCUAUGGUCUCGAUAAAAUUGAGUUUCUCCAAAGCCACGAGAAUCGUGAAAUUUAUCAGAAAGCUUUUGAUAUCAUUGAGCGCUACUUUGGCACAGAAGAAGAAGACAAAGCAUUGGCCCCACAAAUGGACCAGGCCUCUCAGCAGUAUCAGUUUUCUGGAGACACAAGUACCCCCAUGGGUGGCUUUCAGUUUUGAUAUGCAGCUAAACAUAGUCACUAUAUCUUUUGGUUUUACUAUAUGUAAGUUUAAUAGUCUAAAAUAGUUUGUACAAAGCCUUAAAAGUAGCUCUGUGUUCUCUCAGUGCGUGUUUAUUAAAACAAUAUUUUUUUUUUUUAAAGUAUCUCAGUACAGUUUCUUAUUAUUGUUCUCGUUGGUGUUAGCUAGUUCAGUUAAAAAAUGUUUCAUAUUCUUAAUUUUAUAAUUAUUAAAUAUAUAAAUCUAUAUUCUAAAACUGAUAAAUGUGUGAACAUAGUGAUUUGCCAACACUGAUAUGUAGCUGUGCUCAAGAGACUGGAAUGCUUCAGUGUCCAUUAACUAGAGCUGUCAACUAACAUUGUUCUCUUACUAGAGAGUUGUUUUUGCAUGCUAAUUUGACUGGUUAGUUUGUAAAGUUAGCAUUUUCAAACUUUUUAAACAGCUCAGCAUGAACAUAAAAAUUCACCACCAUUAGAUUUAAUCCUGACUAGCCAGCUACAAAAAGGACUGAUUUUUCUCGGGCAAAGCUACAAGUUCUAAAAAAAAAUUCAAGUCAAUUUACAAAGUCAACGUUCAAAAUUUUUCAUUUUUUGAAUCAAUAGUUAAAAUUUUGAUUGGUUUUCUUUAAAGUUUUUUUUAACUUAUUGGUCAAGCAUCAUUUGUUGACUUUGCAAAAUUAACAUUGCAAAUAAAAAACACUAUAUUCACAACUUAUGUACAGAGCUUAGGUACAAUGUGCAGAUAUGCAGACAAGUUGACUUUUUAUAGUAACGCUAUCAGUAUUUAACGGAUGUAAAUCAACUCCUUGUAUCUGCAGACUUGAUGUAUGCAUAUUUUCUCAUUGUACCAAAGAUCAAUAUGAACCCCCAUGUUCAAAGAAUCUUCAAGCUACUCACAGUUCUAGGGGAAAAAAUAUUUUUCAAAUCCUCAAAUGCCAAAAUUUUCCACACUGACUUUCUAAAUUUGUUUUCUUAAAGAACCAUUCGUCAGAGUUUUAACUUGUAAUUUUAAUCUAUGCCAAUAGCUUUUAUAUUCAUUUUUUUCACCUAGAACUGUGGAAGCACUAAAGAAACCAUAUGGUUUCUUCUUGCAACAUACGCCCUGCCAUACUGUGAGGAAAACUGAAGUGCACUUAAUAUCAUUCAUUUUAUUUGGUAAUACGUGCAUCUGCAACUUUUUGAAUCAAUUUUGAGCAACCAAAAUUUCUUUUGUUGAAAAGUUAAGCAAUUCAAAUUGUGUUGGCAAGUUCCAGUUAGAAGUUGAGGACUAGUAAAAAGAUGUUUUUCUUUUUUUUUUUUUUACUGUUGCCAUGAGUCAGAUGCGUACCUGUUUAGUAAUAAAGAUCUGAAUGAUGUUGAUGUAAAUCAAUCCUAAAGACUGCUUUAGAGUUGUGAGGCUACCAAAGGAUGCAUGACUAAUUACCACAUUUUCUACUCAGUGAAACCAAAUACCAAGCUGUGAUGAUUUAUGUUCAAUUCUAGAAUAGCAAGUUUACCCAAUGCUUGAUUCAUGCCUUAGAUACCUUUGAUCAUAGUAUGGCAGGACAGCACUUUCUUCACCCAAACAAAGUCUUUCAUUCACACGCCCAAGUACUUCCAGGGACAUGCCAUUUGCAAGACAAGCUACAAUAUUUUAGCAUUAUUUUUUACAUGCAUUCAAUACUAUGUCCAACCAUGCCAUAACAAUCAUGUCAAUUGUCCUGUUAUUUAUUUAUUUUUCCACAAUUUCUAUAAAUAGUUUGUGAAGAGUGAUUGGGUGUGCAUGUCUAAUUUGACCUGUCUGUGCACUUUAGACUGCAGCAUGCAUCAUGCUUGUUCCACAUCAGGUGAUGGGUUACAGGGGAGUCAAAUUUCAGUUUUUUGUCUUUUAAAAACUCAUGAUAGUCCCAAACACCAUUUUUCUUUCGGACUCUGUCCAUUAGUGAAUUGUACAGUAUGUAAGUGUUUGAAUGCAUUUAUUUUAAUUUAGUUAGUAAUCUGGCUGCACAUGUUAAAAUUGUUUCAUUCUUGUAAAGUAAAUUUCUAUGUGAUGUGAACAGAUUUUGCUCCUGGAAGGUGAUUUAUUCAAAUGUAUACGCUGUAAAAUGUAAAUGCAUGUGUAUCUACAUCUGAAAAGAUAAUAUUAAUUAAAUAUUGUAUUUUAUCUUUUGCUUUCACCUUUAUGCUUUUAGCAUGUCUCCUCUGAAGCAAAUUUUGAUAAGCUUUUGGCUCAGGUUUUUGGAUUUGCAGUGUCGUGUAGCUCUUUUUCUGCAGUAAAUACCCCAUAGUAGUUUUUGUGUGCAAGACAGAAUAGAUUCACCACUGAAAUUUUAAAAAAUAAGCGAUUAAAUAAAAGUUCUAAUAGAUCAUUUAAAUUAAUCAUUGCUUUUUGAAUUUUCAACAUUUGCCGGUAUUUAUAACUUUAUUUCCAGUAUCUGAUAUAUUUAUUUUGAAGUUGUACAUUUUUGCUUCUUUCUGAGCAGCCACUAUUCUUGGUGUCAUGUUAUGGAAAGUAUUGUGUUCAGUCUUUUAACUCCAAUUUUCUUGUACUCUGUGUUUGACAUUCUAAACAACCACACCAACCAUUUCAACAGAAGUAAGCAUUGGUCAUUCAUCUACAGCCUAGUUUAAACACUUCAAUGCAAAUCAUUGUGACAACUUUUUUCAUGCUUUUUUUUUUUUUCUUCAGUAUUUUACUUUGUGAAAAAAAAAACAUACUGGUGUGAAUGAAUAAUCUUGUAAAGUAAUUCAAUUAACAGUUUUUCAUAAUUGAUAAUUUAGAGAAAAAUUACAUGUGUUCAUUAUUAGUUUUAAGUGUGGGCAGUUGUGUUUCUUGGUAAAUUUUGUCUGAUUUUGGUAUUUCUCUCAUCAUAAAUGUUUAUACCAUAAUAGAAAGUAUCUAUUUUGAGUCCAAUUAGUUUUAUUUCCUCUUUAGUUUGAUAAGCAACUCAAAAAUCUGAGAAAGGGAUUAUCUUGAUUUAUAUCACUGCUUGCAGACAGUACAUGUUAGCUACUGAUACUUAUAGCACAUCCUAUUUAAGUUUUUUAAUAGAAUAUUUAAUCCCAGCUGAAAUAGUUGAUGCAUGUCUAGAAUUUUAAAAAUUUUGACACUCUUCCCUUAGCUUGUCAAACAGUGACUUAACUAAUCUGUCCUUUUAAUGUUAGAACUCAUCAAUUCUUAAUCCCUGAGUAUCCUUUCAACAUGCACACAUAUGAUUAAAUAAAUAUACUUUCAUUUCCUCAGGGAUAAUCUUUUUAACUGUCAAAUAUGCAUAGGGCUAUCUGCAUUUUAUUCCUAUAGUCAAUGAUUUUUCAGUGUUUACCUUUUUUUCACUCAGUAUGCUGUCUGACAUUUUAUAAUUCAUUUUUGUAUGUAGUACUGAUAAUUCUUUUAACCGCUUUGUCUGUUAUGUAAAUAAGAUGUGAGUUUGUCUGACUUUAAGGUUAAAAUACCUAGACACCGUAUAGUUUUAUAUUGGCCAAAAUUUUAAAACCUAUUUCUGCUUUUGUCAUUAGCUGUUAAAAUUUUUACCAACCAAAAGAAAGUUUUAACCUGUAUCAGACAAUGUACAUUUGCCUCCAAUAUUUCUUGCUCAUUUCUGUACAUACUUUUUGUCUUGUGUCCAAGUGUUGCCUAGUUCAUCACAGCUAUUUGUAUUGCAAACUAUUUAUUGAGCUUUGUAACUAUGGGAGAUUACAUUGUACCUUGUGUCUAUUAGAAAUUUAAAUAUUCUGUAUGAAAGAAACUAGACAACUCUGCUAAAAUGUAUGUCUGUUAACGGGUGUUGACAUACAAAUCUUUGACGAUUUAUCUUCAGUUAGUGUUUGUUUAAGGAGUAUUAUGUUGUCUCUUGUGAUAAAAUAUUGCCCAAACUUUUAAGACUGUAAAUGGCAGGCUAAAAGUUAGCCAUAUAAUAUGCUAAGUUGGGCUCAUUUUGUUAAACUACCCAGUGGUUUACUAGAUCACUGGCCACUCUGAAGCUUUGUAGUGUCAGUGAGAUUAAGCCUGUAAACACCUGAUGAGCUAUAUAGUCUGUUUUAGGUCUCUCUGUUUUAGUAAUGUUUUGUUGUGUACAUUUAAAUUUUGUUGUAGGUUUCUUGUUUUAGUAGUGUUUUGUAGUAUAUGUCCUUUGGUGAAUUGUGCAUUUUUGUUUUUAAAACUUGGCUAUGUUUUUUUUUGUUGCAUUUUUAAUGAAAUAAAUUGUUUUAACCCAUCUCAUGGACAUACACUAUACACAAGCCAAAUAAAACUAAACAGUCAUA